AUGAACGAAGGAAAUGAUGAUCCUUCUCAAUCUCAAAAUGAUGACGAAGUUGAGGAGAUCAAAGAUGAGUCGCCUGAAAACCAGAAUAGAAUAUCCUCUAUUGAUGAUUUCACUCUGAUAACUCUAGAGCAAGGAUAUGAAAACAGUAAGGGCAGAAAUAGGUUCUAUACAAUCAAUGUAUUCUGCAUUAUAAUGGCAUACUCUUUGGGAGGACUCUUCCCAUACAGCAUUCCGUUCUUGACUAAAGUUCCCUCCUUGAAGUGCAUGAGCUUUACACAGAACACAUGGGAAGGAUGUGAUAAGGAUCAGGCUUGUUCUAGCCAAUUCAUGGAUUAUAAAAUUAACCAUAAUUCUCAUGAGACAGUAACCAAUUGGAUCACCUCGAUGGACCUUCUAUGUAAAGAGGACUACGUGAUUGGGCUCUUUGGAAGUCUUUAUUUUGUAGGAUUCUUCAUCGGUUCAGCCUUCUUUCUCAGGUUCGCAGACCUUAAAGGACGCAGAGUGAUGGUUAUUAUCGGCAUAAUCGGAUCUGUUUGAUGAGGAUUCUUGAUCUUUGUCAUAAACAAUAUAAUCCUAACUUACUUAUUAAUGCUAGUACUUGGAGUAUUCUCAUCUCUAAGGCUUCUGAUCUCCUUUCUGUAUGCAAUGGAGUUAGUUCCAGAGAUCCAAAAGAAGACAUGGAACUUGAUUGCAGGAUUUAUGGAUGCUAUCACAAUGAUAUUCGUGGCAGGUUGGUUCUUUAUCAUCACAUAUGGAGAAUCUACCAUCGUCCUAUACAUCGUGACUUCAUGUCUGUCCCUAUAUUUUGUAUACAAAGCGCCUGAGUCACCUCAGUACCUCUACACGAAGAAGAAAUGGGGAGAGUUGCAUGCUUCAUUUGCCCAGAUCAGUAAGAUUAACGGGAUUGAAUGGAACGGCUAUAAAUUUGACCGAGAACACUUAAAAGAAAAUGAAUUUUCUAUUAAGAAAUCUUGUGCAAGUAUGAUCAAGGAUAAGCAGACUUUUAGGAAUUUGAUGAUAAUGAUGAUGAAUUGGUCCACAUGAAGUUUUUCGUUUUAUUUGUUAUCGUAUUACACGAAGUAUUUCAAAGGAAAUAUUUACUCGAAUACUGCGUUGCUCGGACUGGCUGAUAUUUUUGCUACAAUUUCAAUGAGAGGACUUCAGUACUACAUGCCCACAAAGAUUGGCUUUGUGGUAUCUUACUGAGUUGUCUUUGUCAUCUCAUGAAUCUACUACAUAAUUCAAAGCCAGACUGUCCUCGUAGCUAUAUGAGUGCUACUUAUGAGGUACGGAGUAACAGUGGCUUUCAGCUUCUGUUACUACGGAAACUCAGAGUAUUUCCAGACCGAUAUGUCCUCCACUGCCUUUGGUGUGAGCAACACUAUGGCUAGGUUCAGUACCAUUGUGUCACCAAUGGUGGCUGAGGUACUUAGCCAGCCCAUCAUUCUUGUGACCUUGGUAACCUUUGGAUCAGCAAUGGUCUCUUUUUUCUUAAAGAAACCUCAAAAUAUCCUAGGCAUCGAGGACGAUGAGAAGAAUUCUCAGGGAGAAGUUCCAGAUGCAAUGCGAGAGUUCUAUGGCAUCGACCCUGAAGGGCCAAUGCCGAAGGAAGAACGUAAGUCAGACUUAGAUCAUGAGGAUACUAGGGAAUAUGAGGAGCCUGAGUUAGAAGCAAAGAAAUCAAUGAAAGAAAAAUUUGUCAUUGAAAGUGAAAAUGAUGAAGAUCUCGAUCGUAUUUAA